UUAUUCAUCGUUUCCAACUCCUCCUCUUCAUCCUCUUCAUCCUCUUCAUCCUUUUCGUCAUUAUCAUCAUCAUCAUCAUCUUUUUUUGUUUCCUCUGAUAAAUAAACUUGGUUACAAGUCUAAACUUGGCUGUUGUUGAUUCUUACAUCUAAUAGUUUCCAGUUAGUUAACAAUUUAACAUUAACUCAAGUUCAUCUCUCUCUCUAUCUAAAUUGUACCUGAACAUCAUCAUUGAAAAUUCCAGCCUUUCAUAAACUUUGCCAGUUUAGAAUAGGAAUAAUUAACUGUAACAAUUAAAAACAAAUUGAGAGUUAAAUUGAUUAACCAAGAAAAAUUGUAAAAACAACUAACAAUUAACUCGUUCGCAAUUAUAAUCAGUCUAUCGUUACAAUCUCAUCAACAGAGAGACAAACAAAUAAUCGUCAACACAAUUUAAAUUAUCUCAUCUGUGUGUAUCACCAUCUAAAUCAAUCGUUAAAUCAUCAAAUUAUUUUAAUUGUUGUACGUUAAUUGUAAUAAUAAUUUCGUAUAAAUAAUAUAAUCAUAAUGUUAAUUUCGUAAUAAACAUAAACAAAAGUAUCAACUCUUGUUUUCUCAUAUUGUGACUUCCCUUCACUCCAACAAUUGAAACAUUUUUCUUGUCAUAAUCAAUCAUACAAAAGACAAUCAAAGAUCAACAAUUAAAUCAAAUGGAUCCAAAGUUAAUUGCUCUUCUACCAUUUACUUUACUUUUAGCAAUAUCUACAUUCCUGUUGUGGAAACUUUUACCUGGAACUAAACCAUUUGAUUAUGGAUUAGCAAUCGACGCUGGAUCAUCUCAUUCGGAGGUAAUUCUGUAUAAAUGGUCAGAGAAAAUCAAUGGAACAGGUCACGCUGAACAGAUCGCUAGUUCGGAAAUUUCAACGGGUAUAGAUGACCACGGAGAGGACAUCGAAUCGGCAGUUUCUGAGCUCUACACUGCUGUUGAUUCAAUAGUCUCUCAGAUUCCAAGUGAUGCUAUCCCACCGUUUCCAUUAUUCUUGGGGGCCACGGCAGGAAUACGAAUACUCAACUUAACUAAGCCGAAACUGGUUGACCGAAUGAUGGACAAUAUUAAUCGUAAUCUAAGUGAAUCAACUUUUUCCGAUGGUCGUUCAUUGAAAGUGAAACAAGUUCGAAUACUAACCGGAACGGAAGAAGGUCUUUAUGCUUGGGUAACAGCGAAUUAUUUACUUAACUUCAAACCGAACGAGGAAGAUCAAUCAUUGUACGAGAAAUUAAUCCCAUCAACGGAAAUGGAAAUUAAUCAAAAGAAACAAUUAAACACCAGUUUACACACAAUCGGAAUUCUGGACAUGGGUGGAGCAUCAGCUCAAAUAGCUUAUCAAACAAUUGACUCAAAUAAGGAUCAAAACGACCAAUCAGUUAAUCCAGUUACUCUUUUUGGCGAAACAUAUAAGAUUAAAUCACAUUCAAAUUUGUGCUUCGGCUCUGAUCAGGCUUAUUUCCGAUAUUUAUUUGAACUGUUUCGCAUUCAAUUGACCCAGGAUGGAAUCGUUACCGGUGAUAUAAUGAAAAAUUUGUCUCUAACUGUACAUGACCCAUGUAAUUAUGAUUCGCCGAUUGAGAUGUACCAAGUUAAUGAAUUUCUUUCCAAUCCAUGUUUAAAAACUUUUCGUCCAGUUAGUGAUGUUGACCUUUCCAAUGUAACGGUAGUUUAUGAGCCAUCAAUGAACCAUUCAAAAUGUGCCUCGAUGAUAAUUGAUCUAAUUGACGAGGAUCGUUGUGACCUAGUGUACCACGUUUGUCCAACCAGUCAUUCUGAUCGAUUUCCUAAUGGUAAUCAUUUCUAUGCCACAUCGUCCUACUAUUUCUCAGCUAAGGUGUUAAACUCACUUCAAAAUGGCGCCGAUUCAUUUGAUAAUGAUACUCAUUAUCUUGAACAAGUCAACCACUGGUGUACAACUCAAUACGAAAAGAUUCAACUGUCCGACCUUAAGUACGCUCGAUAUCUUUGUUUUAAGCAGCUUUAUAUCUAUUAUACACUCAAGACCAUCUAUCAAUUGACUGAUGACCAUUGGCCAUAUAUACACUUUCGUAAUACAAUUGGUUCGUCUUCUCUUAGCUGGUCACUUGGUUAUAUGUUGGCUGAAACCAAUGUCAUCCCAGCAAAACCUACGAGGCCGUUGAUUUGGCCUGAAUAUGCUUUCUAUGUAUCUAUUGGAUUAGUGAUAUGCACUUGCUUGUUUCUUGUCAUUUAUUGGAUUGGCAAAAGGUCAAAAAGUGCUGUAAUUAAUCAAAAAGCUUGAGAUAAUUUUUAAAUGUAAAAUUCAUCAAUCACGAUUAUGAAUGAAGAAAUAGUUCAGAUUGAUUUUGACUUGGGACGAUGAGUACUAAUUAGAGCAAUUUAGAUCAGUUUUUAAAUAAUAUUUCAUCAUUUUUUCAUUAGUACUUUUAAGUCAAUAAAUAUUGGACGGAUCUCAUUUAAAAAUGGAUUCAUUGUGAACUAUUAUUAUGAAUUAUUUGUCCGAUUCUGCUGAUGUUAUCAGCGAAACAUUCAUUACCAAUUAAAAUUGAAAUUUUAUUAAAAAUUUUGAACUGAAUUAUAA